UGAGCCCAAGGCUGAAGUACACACUUAAAUUAAAUUCAAUUAAAAACAGUGAACAACCAUUGUAUUUCAACUGUGCUAAUAUUACCAACAAUUUGGAAAAUGUGUUGAUGUGUUUUACAGAACAAGUGUGUACCACCACCUCCACCGAUGGGGACACAUGGACAUCAGGGGAACACUGGCAGUGUCCCCAAAGGAGUGAAUCCCUACUCUAUGAAAGCAGCAGGUCUAUGGGGCAGCAGAUACCCCACAAUGCAUUACAAUGAUGGGACCAACUCAAAGCCUCCAAGCCAUGGGGCUGGACUGCUUCCUAGACAGCUCUCUGGCUUGCUCCCUCCUUCACACUUUGACCUCAUGGCACCAAUGGUUGUGCCACCUGACACUCUACACUACUGAGGCCCAAGACAUAAAGUCGCCUGAAAGCUGUGUAGCAAUAAUUCCAGCUUCUGACCAAGAAUCAUGGAUACCUUUCAUGUGAGUACUCACACACCAGAUUUUUUUUACAUACCUCAGAAGGAAGAUACCUCAAUAUCUGGAAGCACUGUCUCAUGUACAACUGUUAAUGCUAUCUGAAAAAUCUAACAAAAUGUUGACUUGAUCGUUUCAUCAAGACCUUCUCAUCACAAGUUGGAACUAGUGGUCAACAUUGGGACAAUGCCGCCCAAAAUAACAGGGACCAACAUUUUCAUGGAGUGAGCAAGACCUGUCAGCAGAGCUCACUGGAGCAGGGAGACAUCCCAUCACCCUUUUGGCGCCUGACAAAGUACACUUUUUUUCUUCUAAAUAACACUAUAGUAACGUCUUCUGCACAAAGUUACAUUCCUAAUAAGAUUGGUGUUAAGUGAGAAAGAAUCCUAAAGAUGGUCCAAUGGGCAUGGUCUGAAGCCUCUCGUCAUCUCAGUAUGUUGAACCACCUGAUUUCUUGCAGGCUUGAGAUUCAGAUCCUGCUGAACGAUGUUAAGCAAUCGAUUAACCACAUGCAGGGGACGCUGAACACCAUGCAGGGGCAGUGUAUUGAGUUGCAGACUGCCAUAUCUAAGAUCACCACAGCAGCCGAAUUUGCUGUGCAGAGGGAGGAGAUCCUCCGAGCAUCAGGCCUCAUCCCGUCACAGAGGGAGGAAAUGCUCCGAGCAUCAGGCCUCAUCCUGUCACAGAGGGAGGGUAUCCUCCAAACAGCCAGUGUCCCUUCACAGAGGAAGGGGAUUCUCCCAGCAGCUAACAUCACUGUGCAGAGGGAGGAGAUCUUCCGAGCAUCAGGCCUCAUCCCUGAAGAGAGGGAGGACAUCCGCCUCACAGCCAGUGUCCCUGCACAGAGGGAGGGGAUUCUUCCAGCAGCUACUGCAGCUACUGUCACUGUGCGAAAGGAGAAGAUCCUCCGAGCAUCAGGCCUCAUUUCUGCACAAAAGGAGUUGAUCCACCUGAUGGCCAGUGUCACUGCGCAGAGGAAGGGAAUCGUCCCAAUGGUCAGCGUCCCUGCGCACAAGGAGGGGAUCGUCCAAAAGGCUAGUGUCCCUGCUGAGAGGUUGGAGAUCCUCCGAGCAUCAGGCCUCAUCCCGCCACAGAGGGAGGGGAAUGUCCGAACAGCCAGUGUCCCAGCACAGAGGGGUGGGAUUCUCUCAGCAGCCAGCAUCACUGAACAGAGGGAGGGAAUUCUUCCAGCAGCUUCUAUCACUGUGCCGAAGAAGAAGAUCCUCAGAGCAUCAGGCCUCAUACCUGCACAAAAGGAGUUGAUCCACCUGAUGGCCAGUGUCACUGCGCAGAGGAAGGGAAUCGUUCCAAUGGUCAGCGUCCCUGCACACAGGGAGGGGAUCGUCCCAAAGGCCAGUGUCCCUGCUGAGAGGGAGGAGAUCCUCCGAGCAUCAGGCCUCAUCCCGCCACAGAGGGAGGGGAAUGUCCGAACAGCCAGUGUCCCAGCACAGAGGGAUGGGAUUCUCUCAGCAGCCAGCAUCACUGAACAGAGGGAGGAGAUCCUCCGAGCAUCAGGCCUCAUCCCAUCACAGAGGGAGGGUAUCCUCCAAACAGCCAGUGUCCCUGCACAGAGGGAGGAGAUCCUCCGAGCAUCAGGCCUCAUCCCAUCACAGAGGGAGGGUAUUAUCCAAACAGCCAGUGUCCCUGCACAGAGGGAGGGGAUCUUCCGAGCAUCAGGCCUCAUCCCUGAAGAGAGGGAGGAGAUCCUCCUCACAGCCAGUGUCCCUGUGAAGAAUGAAAACAUUCAUCCACAACCACCUUCCAUCAUCCCCAUGUUGGCACCACUGUGGAAAUGGGAUGGUGGAGCGUGUACUCCACCUGUGGAUUUCUAUUCCAAGAGAAGAGAUGUCCGACUUAGAUAUGUUGAGCAUCCUGCUAUGAUGUCCAUCACCAAGCCGGAACACUCCGAUGCCAACCCUCAGUUCCAGACUGGCACCCGGCCGGUGGCUGAGCCCGAGACCCCUGCUGUUCACAAUAACAGUGGAGGCUGGCUCAGCUGGGUCUUUGGGAGUGGAAGAGCUAACAAGAAGGAGGUUCAUCUACCUGAGGACAAAGACAGAUCUAUUGUCUGGGAUCCAACUCUGCACAGAUGGGUUAACAAAACUGAGCCCAAGGCUGAAAACAAGUGUGUACCACCACCUCCACCGAUGGGGACACAUGGAUAUCAGGGGAACACUGGCAGUGUCCCCAAAGGAGUGAAUCCCUACUCUAUGAAAGCAGCAGGUCUAUGGGGCAGCAGAUACCCCACAAUGCAUUACAAUGAUGGGACCAACUCAAAGCCUCCAAGCCAUGGGGCUGGACUGCUUCCUAGACAGCUCUCUGGCUUGCUCCCUCCUUCACACUUUGACCUCAUGGCACCAAUGGUUGUGCCACCUGACACUCUACACUACUGAGGCCAUUUUCCCAAAUUGAAUUUGCCAUACAUUGAUUUUUUUCAGCAUUAAAAAUGUAUUAAAAUAUGAUCUAUUAAUUAAAUAUCUCCUUUGUGUCCUCAUGUUCACAUGAA